CUUAUCGGGUUUUCUCCGUAUAGCCUCGACUUAGACUUCGACCCCGAUCGAUGGUCGAGGCCUAUUUAUGCAGUGGAGCGAGCCUGUGGUACUUCCUGGCAGAUACUUCGAUAUCGUCAAUCGGAGGAGGAGGAGACGAAAGCAGACGUCUCGACAGUCAAAUUCGCUCUCCCCAGUUACCAAUGCCAUGUUUGGAAAAUACGAUAUCUCCAGGACGGAACUGUUGCCCAGUUCUGAUCAAGGGGUGCACGGAAAAUAUCGCCAAAUCCCCUCGUCCCCCAAUUUAUCUCGACGUCGGCUGAGUGGUCCUUUACCCUCUACCACGUCCCGUCCGAGGCAACGAGUUCGCACCAUAACUUGGGUGGAUUCUGGUAAACGAGAGAGAAUACCUGUUGAGUUAUUUAACUCGCUACCCGAAUCUCGAGUCGACCCCGAGUUCUGUGGUGAGGAAAAAGACCUGUCUCGAUUCAAGGUGGUCGGAAGGGCGAAGAAGGACUCCCGUCGGCCGGAAAUUGCGGUGCAGUCGGGUGUGAAGGAGUGUCAGACGAGGAAAGAAGGAACCGUUUUCGGUUUGUAUCGACAACCGAAACCCAUGGACAGCGAUGUACUGCGCAUCUCUGGCCGCGUUAUCUACGACGAUACAGAUAUCAGUCACCCUCCGGGGGAGGACGAAUUUGGUGAAUUACCACCCGAAGAAGUAGUCGACAAUGUUAACGAAUGUUAUAAUGUAAAAAUUAAUGCACCCCAACGCGUCCUGGUCGAAGGAUUUCACGAUUUCUGCCAGACAAUGUUGUCUAUCUACGACGUUGCUAGAGAAACAACCCCUACGAAUACCGAAUCGAAAAUUAUUUUGAAUAAAACUCAUUCGGAUCCCGUUCCUGCUGUUGUUAAAGAGACUCUUAAACCACGUUACAGUCUUCCAACUGGAAGAAUAUUCUCUUGUACUAUUAAACCUACGGAAAAAGUUCGAGACGACGAAGCUAUGGAGGCAAUUCAAGAAUUAGACGCUUCUAUAGAUGGUGUUUCUACUACUGAAAACACACAAAAUUCUUGCAAAAAUUCAGAGAUUGAAGAUGAUAAGAAACCGGAAGUACAAACAGAUAAUUUGAUCGAAGAAGUUGUUCUUCUUUCUUCUAAUCAAAGGAGUUUUUCAUCUUUUCCUUCUCCGGCUCUUGAUAGGGAUAAGAAUGAAUCUAAACCAUCUAAACCCGUAUCUACACAAAAUGAAGAUACCAGUUUAGUUCCUACUAAAGACAUCAUCACUUCCGAAGUUCCUAAGAAGCAAGUAGAAGUAAAUGGAAAGAAAGAAAAGAAUAAUAAAUUGGAAGAUAAGACUGAAACUUCUAUCGUUCAGAGGACAAGUCCAUGUUCUGUAGAUUCGGGCAACAGUUCCCAUCACCCUGGACAUUUCGUAGUUGUGGCCAUUGAUUUUGGCACCACAUACAGCGGUUAUGCAUUUAGCUUUGUACGUGAUCCUGAUAAUAUUCACAUGAUGAAGAAAUGGGAAGGAGGUGAUCCUGGAGUUAUAAAUCAAAAAACUCCUACGACUUUAUUAUUAACGCCAGACAAGAAAUUUCAUUCAUUUGGGUAUUCUGCACGAGAUUAUUAUCAUGAUUUGGAUCCACAGGAAGCGAAAAAAUGGCUGUAUUUCGAAAAAUUUAAGAUGGCUUUACACCAUAAUGAACAUUUAACUUUAGAUACCGAAAUAAAAGCAUCGAAUGGAAAAGCUCUUGCAGCGGUGACUGUUUUUGCUCAUGCACUCAGGUACUUCAGAGAACACGCUCUUCAAGAACUCAGUGAUCAAUCUGCCACAAGAAUAACUAAUGAUGAUGUUCGUUGGGUCGUCACCGUUCCAGCAAUUUGGAGACAACCAGCCAAACAAUUCAUGAGAGCUGCUGCAUACGAAGCAGGUAUUGCUACUUCCGAAUAUCCGGAUCAACUAUUAAUAGCAUUAGAACCGGAGGCUGCAUCUAUAUAUUGUCGUCGAAUGCGAAUGCAUCAACUGGUGCCAGAAAUUCCUUAUAACCAACGUCAAUGUGCCAACGAUGGGACUCAAUCAAAAGAGAUUGGUCAAGAAUUAACUAAGCUGAACAACAAAGGUACAAAGUACAUGGUGGUCGAUUGUGGAGGAGGAACCGUUGAUAUUACAGUUCACGAAUUACUUGAUAAACAGGGUACUUUAAGAGAACUUCAUAAGGCAACGGGUGGCCCCUAUGGUUCCGUAGGAGUAGAUAUGGAAUUCGAAAAUUUACUGAGGAGUAUUUUCGGAAGCGACUUCAUAGAUCAGUUCAAGACUAAACGACCUGCAGGAUUUGUUGAUUUAAUGAUUGCUUUUGAAGCCAGGAAAAGAAACGCGAGCCCUUUCAAAGCCAAUCCGCUUAAUAUCUCAUUACCGUUUUCUUUCAUCGAUUAUUACAAGAGAUGUAAAGGAACCACUGUAGAAAAUACCAUCAAACGUUAUAAUCACAAACAUGUAAAAUGGUCUUCGCAAGGGAUGCUGCGUGUGGAACCACCUGCUAUGAUGCAACUUUUUCAACCUACAUUAGAACAUAUUAAAGAACACAUUGCUAAUGUACUUAACAGUCCUGAUGUUAAUAAUAUCAAUUACCUUUUCCUUGUCGGUGGAUUUGCAGAAUCUCAGAUUUUACAAAAAGAAGUAAGAGAUACAUUUUCUCCCUUUGUCAAAGUGAUAAUUCCCCAGGGAGUGAGCUUAGCUAUUCUAAGAGGAGCAGUUAUAUUUGGCCUAGAUCCAACUAUUGUUAAUGUUAGAAGAUUGCGUAUGACAUAUGGAGUUGGAGUUCUUAAUCGUUUCAUACAUGGAAUUCAUCCUCCAGAGAAACUUAUUGUUAAAGAUGGUAUAGAAUGGUGUGCAGAUAUAUUUGAUAAAUUUGUGGUGACUGACCAGUCUGUGGGUCUUGGUGAUGUUGUUACGCGCAGUUACACUCCAGCCAAAGCAGGACAGACUUGUAGUGUUAUUCAUAUUUACAGCAGUGAGAGAGAUGACGUGCAUUUUAUUACAGAUCCAGGUGUUCAGAGAUGUGGAACUCUUGUCUUAGAUUUGAAUGACAGCAAAUAUUUAACCAAUAUGCCUCACAGAAGAGAAAUUCAAAUGAGGGUGACUUUUGGUGAUACAGAAAUCAAAGUUAGUGCCUUGGAUCUAGUUACAGGAAAAUGUGUUAAAGCAGAUAUUGAUUUUCUUAAUCACUAAUGUCAUACCAAAUUUACAUACUAGUCAACGAAAAGAGCUUUGUUAAUUAUGGGAAACAAAAAUGAUAAUGCAUCAAUCCCUGUAAAUUAGCUAUUUGAAUCUUGAAUCAAGUCAAAAUCAGAAUGUAAAUACAAAUAUUCAUGUGCAGUUCAAUGAUAUGUAUAAGAAAUUAAAUAUAUAAACUAUGUUAAGAAUAGUCUUUUCUAUUUAAUUAAUUGUAAUUGUUUAUACUGCCAUUAAUUCUUAAAAUGUUAAUUACUGAAAGUAAUUUUGUAGAAAUGUAAAACUAAUCAUAAGAACCAAAGAUCUAUUGUAUCUACUCAAACAUUUAGCAUUUAAUUUUUACUUUGAGCAGUGGGAGAUUUCUCAUUAGGCCCACUAGGCCUGGGCCUAUGGCGCAAGAAUUUGGAGGUACAAAAAUUCAAAAUAAUGAAAAAAUAAAAGUUAUUUUAAUGUACAUAGGAACAAUUCAUAAAAGUAGUAGUGCAAAUUACAAGCUAAAGUAGGAACAGAAUAAGACAUUGAUUGACUAAUAUUAAAAUAAAUAUAUUUUACACAAACUUAGUAGUAUUAAUGUUGAUUUUCAAUAACAAUAGUGCUGCUUGUAUUUUUACAAUUUUUAAAUAUUGAAAGGACAAUUAUUCCAGAAUUAAAAUAAUAAAGAAUCAUUCAGUGCAAAAGUGGCACUAUUAGUUUUGAGAUGCCUGCAUAUUAUGUGCCUAGGGGUGCCAUAUUUCUAAAUCUACCACUGACUGAAUCAAAUAAUGAUGAUAAGACAUUUUCUGCUUUUCAAUGUAUACAAACUGCUUUAAUCUUCAUUGGAUUAUACUUAUAUUUCUAAAGAUUGUAUGACUACUUAUCUGGUUUAACUAUUAAUUCUUUUUUUUCAUUUAAAAAAGAAAUUGUACAUACUUUUUACUCAAAAAUUCAUUUAAAAGAUUAUAGAAGACUUCAGAUUUAUUUGUAAUAUAUAUGUAGUAUUAAAUCUAAUUUUCAGGAAUCAAUAUUGUAUCAUUUUAUAUCUAAACAACAUAUUAACAAAUCAAGAAAAUCUAAAUAU